GCAGCGGAUUGGUUUGUUGAUUGGAAGUUUCUACAUCAUCACAAACAACAAACAGAAUUCUGGUUUACAUCAUCACCAAUAAUUAUUACACCAGAUAUCCAUAUACUACCUUCCAAAUACAAUGAUAUCGGGUUAUACACCACCAACAACACAGCCACCAACAGCAAAUAAUGGCUUGGCUGAAAGUUAUAAUGGAAUUGCUGGACCAAAAGCCGACGACUUUUUGGAUAACCUCUUGGAAAAGGCUCCAGGAUCAACCAAAUUUUGGAAUUACUUUUAUACUCUCUUCAUGAUUAUUUUUGUAAUUCUCGGAACAUCAGUUGUUAUUUUGUUAGCUGUUUUCUUCCAUAAUAGAGUUAUUUUCCCAAUAGACAGUUCAUGUACUACUGGUUCAAAGGAUAUUGUUAUUCCUUCGAAUGUUAUUUCAGAUUUUUGGAAGAAGUGUUCUUCCUUUUCUGAAACUAAAUAUUUGUCCUCUUUCCACUACAGCUUACAAGAAAUUAAUUGUAUGAAAUCGGAAAGUUAUGGAAGAGCAUUAAAUCUCAUGUCCGUACCAAAUGUAAAGAGAUCAAUUGUGGAUAAUGUUAUCAAGAUUGCUGAUCAAUAUUUGGCAGGUGCCCCAACUGCUGAUUCCUGUUCAAAGGAAAGAUCUAGAAUUUUGGCCAUCCAAACCAAGUACAAGAAUUAUUUGAGUAUCAUUGAUAAGGGAGGUGAUGUUGAACUUCCAAAGUUUUUCAAGACCUUUGUCUAUCAAAAAUCAUUAGAACAAGCUCUCUCAUCAAACAAUGCUCUCCAAAAGGAUUCAUUGAAUGAUGUCAAGUAUUCAUGGAUUAGUACUGUUCCAGAAACUAUUAACGAACAAAAGGAACAAACUGUUUAUGGAUUGGCUCUUUCUAACAAGUUUGAAAACCUCGAUUUUGGAAUCGUUCGUCGUGUUUACGAUGACUCGUAUGGUUCUCGCAUGUGGGUCUCUUUCAAUGAAACUGUUGUUCCACUCUUUAAGGGAGAUAGUUUUGAUUUGUUGACUAACUUUGUUGUUGCAGACAGCACCAACAUUACAGCAUUCUACGAAUUACUCGAUUCCCAAAUUCAAAACCCAGCUCUCAAGAACUUGAUCUCUCAAAACAAUACCAAUUUGGUUGUUACCUACACUGAUAUGAAUGCAGAAUUAAUGUUGCUCAACUUGGCCAGAAUUAACUCAAAGGAUCGUUCCAAUGUUAUGGCUGAAUAUUCCAUGAUGCUUGCCAAGUACACUGAUGGUACUUAUGAGCAAAGAACCAAGUUGACAUGGGGCAGCUCUAAGGAACCAACUGAUGGUAUCUUGCAAAGACUCACUGAAACAUCCUUCCAAUCCUCAUUUGUUCUUCAAGGUUUCUCUAAACAAUCAGUCUUUGAUCAAGAUUUCCUCAAUUUUGUUGUAAGAGAUGGUUCUGACUACAUUUUCUACACAACUGAUGUUUAUUGCAAGGAUAGGGUUGCCAAGACCAAUGAUGGGGUUCAAGUUUCCAAAUGUAAUAUUCUUAAAAGGGAAUUAACCUAUUCAACAACUCCAGAAUAUGGUCAAAUUUCUGCACAAGCCAUCUUUGAUCCAGCCAACCAAUUCUAUGUUGGAUUGAAGCUAGACUCUGAUGACGAUGACGAUGAUAUCUAUGAAGAAUUGGCAAAUGGUGAUGCUGAAGAAUUCCACUUUUAAUUUGCAUUGUAAAUAAAAAAAAUGUUC